CUGCUCGAAAGUGGGGAAAGCAAACAAUUUUCAGGCCCGCCGCGUCUAGCAAAAAAUAUGAGAAAAAAAUUAUUAAAAAUUCGGAAAAUAGUUGAAAGUGAAGAAAAACCCAACAGAAAGAAUGUUAAAGCGACCAGGGCCCCUGAGUCCGGGCGGUGUUGAGCACAUAAAACUGGAUAGAAUAAUUGCAUCAGUACUAGUCGGGCACUGCGCCCCUGUCCAUGUAGCUGGUCAGCCUUAGAGUGCCAUGGCCACGGGAACCCAGGGCCACCGUGACCACGUCCUGGAGAGAACCAAGCUCACACCGCCCACGGGGAGGCGCAGGAGAGCCGAGGGGAAGCCGAAAAAGAAUUUCCCUUGCCAGGAGUGUCUGAAAGCUUUCAACAGUCUGGAGAAGUUGAAGGUGCACUCGUACUCUCACACAGGAGAAAGACCCUACCGCUGCUCCCACCCCGACUGCACCAAGGCUUUCGUCUCCAAAUACAAGCUGCUACGGCAUAUGGCAACUCACUCGCCAGAAAAAAACCACAAGUGUUCAUACUGUGAGAAAAUGUUCCACCGCAAGGAUCACUUAAAGAAUCACCUACACACUCACGACCCCUACAAGGAGGCAUUCAGCUGUCAGGAGUGCGGCAAGAGCUACAACACCAAGCUGGGCUUCAAACGCCACCUCGCCCUCCACGCCGCCAACAGUGGAGACCUCACCUGCCAAGUGUGCCUGCAGCCGUUCCCCAGCACCGGGGUUCUUCUGGAACACCUCAAAACACACGCCGGCAAGUCCUCUGGUGGGACCAAAGAGAAAAAGCAUCGCUGCGAGCAUUGUGAGCGGCGGUUUUACACCCGUAAAGAUGUGCGACGCCACAUGGUGGUGCACACCGGACGCAAGGACUUCCUUUGUCAGUACUGUGCCCAGCGCUUCGGUAGGAAGGACCACCUGACGCGUCACGUGAAGAAGAGCCACGCUCGGGAGCUGCUGAGGGUAAAAACUGAGCCAGCUGAUUCGCUGGAGCCUGUUGUCUACGACUUGGCGUCUGGGGGCAUCAAGGGCGAGCUACCGGGAAUGCUGACACCAAGGCCGCACCAGCUCAACAUGUACACAGGCCCCGUCCUGGACAUAGAGCCCUUCCCCACGGUCACACACCCUUUUUCUUUUAAGUACCCACUGGGCUCCAACUUUACCUCAUACACCGUCUCCUCACAGGAGCGGGAGCAGAAUCUAAAGGGAGAACUGGAGACCUACCUGAUGGAGCUGCAGAGCAGCAUGCCCUCCUCAUCCUCUGCAGCCCAAGAACCCCAACUCUCCUCCUCCAAACUUGAGUUGGAGCCUCAAGUGGGCGUGCUGGAGGAAGCGAGCGAGGGGGUGUCCCUGUCCAAAAUGUCCACACCGAUGACAGCAGCCACCACAGGCGACUCUCUGGCCUCAUCUUCCUCUCUGAUGGACUUCUCACAGCUUUUCAACUUCCUGCCACUCAACGGGCCACCUUACAACCAGGCGGGGGGCAGCGGGGGGCAGGGCGUCGUCUAUCAAUCCGACGAAGAGCCCGCACCUCUCGUCCAGCUGCCCCCCCAGCCUCCCGAAGGCCCAGAUGCUGCAGAGAGUCCGCUUCAGAGGCUCCCCUCCUCCUUCAUAUCCAACCUGAGCACACCCACCACACUGCCCCGCUUCCACCAAGCUUUUCAGUGAUCCAGUAUGUACUGCCGCCUGGCACACACACACACACACACACACACACACACACACACACACAGGACACACACACAGGACACACAAGUCGAGCUACGCAGCCUCCACAUCAGAAACACGGUGCUAGUGACACAUGUCUGGAGAUAUUGGCACUUCUGUCCAUUUUUAAUAUGACGACAUGAGCACACACACACACACACACACACACACUUACACACACACUUUGGUUUUCUAAUUGCUACUGUUGGGAUGUCUUCUUUUAAGCCUUUUAUUGACGAGUUGGUAAAUCUUCACCACCACUAGUCUCUGAUGACGUGUUCACAUAAUGAUCCUCUUGUGCCGCGUGGAUAUGAAUAAUAUCCACACUCUCAGUUCAUAACCUCAUCUGACACAUGACCUGCAGGCUACAACACACACACACACACACACACACACACACACACACGUUAAUAUAAUGUAGCCAUGUGCUGAGCUCACAAAGCAAAAACAAUGUGAACACGGCUCAACUGUGACAGUGAGAGCGUUGCCACUUUAAACAUGAACUAGUCUUUUAGAAGUUGGAGAGUUUUCACAUAGACGAAUGUUAAUAGUAAUUUGAUUGCAGUGACAUUCUUUUCUUUACUUACCCCCCCCCCCCCCCCCCAUGCUUUAGAGUAGAUUGGCCUUAGCCGGCUGAUUCUGAUUGAACUUUGCGACGCCGUCUGUCAUCACCGUUGACCUUUCUCUUCUUUCUUAUGUGUGGGUGGGACCAAACUGUAGCGUUGGGAUGUUUUUGCACAUUUACAUCUAUUUAAUAGAUUUUGGAUUAUUUAAUUGUUCCAGGAAGCUAUUGUGUUUCAUUAAUUGUGUUUCAUUAAUCUGUUUGGAAAUGAGUUUACUUGAGGCAGGUAAUCCAUCACGGUGAUCGUGCUUGUAUUUUAACUUCACUGUAACGUCUGCGCUUGCAUUACGCAAUGCAGUGAAGGUCACUUCAGCCCUAAUGUUCACUACGCUGCAUUAAACAAACCCAUUUCAAGUAUUUCCAAGAGAUAGUGAGAUGACAGGGAACUCACGGCUUCCUGGAAUUUGGAAAAACUCAAUCAAAAAUAUCAGAAAGUAGUAAAGAGGCUAAAACAGAGUGAAUGGACACCCCCUCCACCACACAGACAUGUAUCUGGAUCAACAAGCACCUGCUUCCACACUGAAAACUGAAUUUACAAACACACACACACCGUUUAUGCCAGUCAGCCAGCUCACAUGAUCCAUGUCAACCCCCCCCCCCCC